CGGAGCGAAAGAGCCAAACACAAACCAAACACAAACGAAUCGUACGAGAGAGCGUCGCGUCGCGGGUUAACGAAAAUUCGAGUGCCGCCGCGAAAAACGCGCGGGUGUUUAACAGCUGGUUUCGAGUGCAUUAUCCAUUCUUUUUUUUCGGUUACUUGCAAGUGAGCGUGUUCGUGAUUCCCCAACUCUAAAAGUCGCCAAAGGCGAUCAUAUUUUGGAGUAAAUAAAGGAGAUCGGUGAGAGCUGAUCAACACAAAGCGUGACUACUGCCAAUGUAUUGGCAUGUGCCCACUCCAAAAACCGUUCACUCGCAGACAAAAACUAAGUCUUCUUGAUGAUUGGUGAUUUUUGAAACAACUUCAACGAUUUUGGAAAUGCUGAUCUGCUUCAACACUCAGGUACGUUCUCAACAGACUUAUAUGUGUGGAUGGGGGUUUACAUAACGCCUGGCAUGUAGGCGUCAAAUCAUGCAGUUCAACAUUUCAACAUUUCAACAUUUCAACACUCCCACUCGUUUGCUUUUCGCAAGGCCAGUCGCAUAAAUUGGUGCGAAAUUUUUGAAACGUAGUAGCACCUUUGCCCAUCGUAUAUUACAUUUCCAAUACUUAUCCUAAUGUGUGAGAACGAGAAGAUAACUAGUUGAAUCAAUAUUGAAACAACGAAGAGUGUCAAGUGUCUGGACACUCGAGCGCUAGAUCUUCUCUAGUUUUCAAAAGGAAAACGACACGCAAGCCAAACACUUUGGAAUAAACCGAUACACAUUGGAGGCACCGGGCACCGAAAUCUUUCUCAACUGGUAAGAGCAAGCCACGAAUAUAAGAUGCGAUAAUCAGGUGGAAACGGAGCACGGCUAUUUGCGAGCUUAGAGCCCACCGCCGUCCGCCGGGACAUUAAUUAAUCACGGCCUUGUCAUUUGCAAGGAUCAAGGAGUGGCAAAACAAGCUGGCAAGCAGACCAGGACAAAGGACGAAGGGCGAAGGGCGAAGGAAUCAAAUUAACAGUGCGUCAAAAGGAUUAGACCGAGGAGAAGGACAGGAGGAGUUUUUAGAGCACGUAGCACGCGGCGAGGCGAGUAAAGACGGCCCCAGGGAAUCGGGCGCUGGGUUUCAGGGUCGGGGGUCAGAGUUCACAGCCACUUGGUGGACCGUGUCGGCACGUGCGCGUCGGCUCGUCGUCGCGGCUUAGCUGGCAAUACCGUAACAGCCGAAGACACCUUUGCCAGCAACCGCAAACGCAAACGGAAACGCACGCAGAAGAGCGCCCACAAAUAAGGCAAAGUGAGAUGGCCAGACAGGCGGUGCUCCUGGUGACCCUGGCAGUGGCGGUCCUGCUGCCCCUGGCCACUGGCACCUCCGACUGGAUGCAGAGCUGCGGCAGCUGCCACUGCCACUGGAACUCGGGCAAGAAGAGUGCCGACUGCAAGAACAAGGCCCUGACGAAGAUCCCGCUGGACAUGAGCAACGAGAUGCAGGUGCUGGACUUUGCCCACAAUCAGAUACCCGAGCUGCGACGCGAGGAGUUUCUGCUGGCCGGGCUGCCCAAUGUGCACAAGGUGUAUCUGCGCAACUGCACCAUUCAGGAGGUGCAUCGCGAGGCCUUCAAGGGGCUGCACAUCCUCAUCGAGCUGGACAUGUCCGGCAAUCGGAUAAGGGAGCUGCAUCCGGGCACUUUCGCCGGCCUGGAGAAGCUGCGCAAUGUGAUCAUCAACAACAACGAGAUCGAAGUGCUGCCCAAUCACCUGUUUGUCAACCUGAGCUACCUGUCGCGCAUCGAGUUCCGGAACAAUCGGCUGCGCCAGGUGCAGCUCCAUGUCUUUGCCGGCACAGUGGCGCUGAGCGCCAUCUCGCUGGAGCAGAACCGUCUGUCCCAUUUGCACAAGGAGACGUUCAAGGAUCUGCAGAAGCUGAUGCAUCUGUCGCUGCAGGGCAAUGCGUGGAACUGCAGCUGCGAGCUGCAGGACUUUCGUGACUUUGCCAUCAAUAAGCGGCUGUACACGCCGCCCACCGACUGCCAGGAGCCGCCCCAGCUGCGCGGCAAGCUGUGGAGCGAGGUGCCCUCGGAGAACUUUGCCUGCCGUCCGCGCAUCCUCGGCUCCGUGCGCUCCUUUGUGGAGGCCAAUCACGACAACAUCUCGCUGCCCUGCCGCAUCGUCGGCAGUCCGCGCCCGAACGUGACCUGGGUGUACAACAAGCGGCCGCUGCAGACCUACGAUCCGCGGGUGCGCGUCCUCAACUCCCUCGAGCAGCUGCCGCCGUCGCAACAGCCCGCCCAGGUGCUCACCUCCGAGCUGCGCAUCGUGGGCGUUCGGCCCUCGGACAAGGGCGCCUACACCUGUGUGGCGGACAACCGCGGCGGUCGGGCGGAGGCCGAGUUCCAGCUGAUCGUGAGCGGCGACUAUGCCGGCGCCGUCUCCUCCUCCGACGGCAUGGGUGGCCUGGGCGGCCUGGGCAUGGGCGCCAUCGGAGCGCCGGCCAUCGAUCCGCAGACGAAUGUGUUCUUGAUCAUCUGCCUGAUCACCACCACGCUCCUGCUGCUGCUCAUCGUGGUGGUGUUGACGCUGUUCUGGUACUGCCGCCGCAUCAAGACCUACCAGAAGGACACUACCAUGAUGAGCGGCGACGGGCUGAUCUCCUCCAAGAUGGACAAGACGCACAACGGCUCCAUGCUCGAGGGCUCCGUCAUCAUGGAGAUGCAGAAGAGCCUGCUCAACGAGGUCAAUCCCGUGGAGAAGCCGCCGCGACGCACGGACAUCGAGAGUGUGGAUGGGGGCGACGACGUGCUCGAGAUCAAGAAGACGCUGCUCGACGACACGGUUUAUGUGCCCAACCACUCGCGCGAUGAAGAGGCCCACUCGGUGGCUCUUUCAGACACGACGACCACGCCCCGUUCGCGCCACACGUACGUGGACGACGCCUACGCCAACAGCUUGCCGCCGGACCUGCUGGCCUUCCCCGCCCGCGUGCCGCCCACCUCGCCCUCGAUGCAGUCCUCGCAGUCGAACAUCCCCGAUCAGGUGAUCUACGGCAUCCGCUCGCCGCCGUCGCUGACGAGUCCGGUGUACACGCACAUGACGCCCCACGGCAUCUACGGCACCAAGACGCUGGCCGCUCCCCACAACGGCUUCAUGACGCUGCAGCACCCGAAGUCGCGCAACCUGGCCCUGAUCGCCACGGCCAACAGCAGUCGGCAGCAUCAGCACCAUCAUCUCCAGCAGCAGCAGCAGCAGCAGCAGCAGCAUCAACAGCAUCAACAGCAGCAUCCGCUGGGCGCCACCUCACCCUUUUUGCCCGCCCCCGUUGUCUACUCACCGGCCACGGCCGUGGUCAUGAAACAGGGCUACAUGACCAUUCCGCGCAAGCCGCGCACCCCCAGCUGGGCGCCCAGCACGUCGGGCGGAGCGUCCGGCGGUGGAGGCCACGGGGCCAUCCAGCUGAGCGAAUUCCAGAGCCCCACCUCGCCGAAUCCCAGCGAGUCGGGCACCGCCACCACCGCCGAACUGCAGGCGGAGCCGGUCUACGAUAACUUGGGUCUGCGCACCACAGCCGGUGGCAAUUCCACCCUCAAUCUGACCAAGAUCGCCGGCGGAGCCUCCCAAAGCGGCGGUCAGCAGCAACAGUACUCGAUGCGGGACAGGCCGCUUCCGGCCACGCCCAGCCUCACAUCGGUGUCGUCGGCGACGAAUGCCAGCAAGAUCUACGAGCCCAUACACGAGCUAAUCCAGCAGCAGCAGCAACUGCAACAGCAGCAGCAGCAACUGCAACAGCAGCAAUUACAGCAGCAACAGCAACAGCAGCGACUGGGCUCCAUGGACACGGAGCCGCUGUACGGCGUGAGGCACCAGGGGAUCACGAUACUGCCCGGAUCCAGCAUCAGUGGUGCCGGACUGGGCCAUGCCGCCUAUCUCUCCCCAGUGCCAUCGGCCGUUUCGCCCAGCCAUGCCCAUGCCGGCAGCGGCGGCGGCAGCGGCGACUCGCCCAAGACCGCCAAGAUCCCACCGCGGCCACCGCCGAAGCCCAAGAAGAAGAUGUCGGUGACGACGACCCGCAGUGGCCAGGGCAGCACCAGCCAGCUGUUCGACGACGAGGGCGAGGAUGGCACCGAGGUCUAGUUUGGCACCCUGGCGAACGAUGCAGAAGCCCAGAGCAGCAGGCAAUGAAGAUGGAUGCGGAUCCCUGGUUAAGUUGUAUGGCUCGAGGAGAUGGAGAUGGAAAUGGAUAUGGAUAUGGAUAUGGAUAUGGAGAUGGCCAGAGGACAACUACAUCAACAUCCGCUGUUGCGGCUUGUAAAAACAGCCGCCAGAAGGAUUCACGGCACUGCGUGCGUGACUUGUGUGCCAAACGACUGAUGUAGGUUUUAGUAAUUAAAUCGAUGAACACAUGCAACAAACAACAAACAACAAACAGAAAACAACAAUAUACAAAACGAGUAAAUAUUAUAUAUACUCUUCUCUUCAACGAGAAUGAGAAACAAAAAACAGAUAGACAGAUAGACAGUGAAGACUCCACUCCGUUAGGGCGAUCCAUCGCUUUUAGAACCAUCUUAUAAUCCCAAAAUUCGUAUAUGCGGAAAUACGUAAAUACCCAAUUUUAAUACCACCUUUUUUUUGUGUAGACUAGUUAGUUUGGUACAAAACGCGCAUUAUUCGUAUAUAAAGAGACAUAUAUAUACACACAAUUUUAAAAUUAUAUAUACCUUAACAACAACAACAAAAAGAUCCUAUAAUGAAACAAAUAUAUUAUACAAAAGGGGAAACUUUCAAAUCAACGACAGUUUAUUUAAACGCAAAUAAUAAUGAACAAAAAAGCAGAAAAAAAAAAAAAACAAAACACACACUUAAAAUUUUCAAAAUUUUGCAAAUUUUAUAAAAUUGUAAAUGUAAAAUGCAUACAGUUAAUCAUAUUAAGCUAUAUAUUAAUGAAUACAUAUACUUAGUGUAAGCAAAGAAAUCGCAUCCUUAACUCUUUUUUUUUUGUUUUACGGAAGCCACCACGAAUCGGGAUUUAAACUACAUACAAGUAUAUUGAUAGCGGGUAAGUUUGUUAAGUGCAUUAGCGGUAGGAUAAAGGGUUUGCAGUCGCAAUUAAAACAAUGAAUUGAAACUUCUAUGUAUACAUAUAGUCUAGAAAGAAGGCGCGUCGGCAUAAGGUCAGCUAUAGUAACGAUUGUACUAGCUAUACAAAUAUAUAUAAAAUAAAUUUCUAUGUACAUGGACCUAUGUGUGUAAUUCUAGGCAUUAAACAUACACCCAAUUACGACAUCAACACAGAAGAACAGAAAAGUUAUAAGCAUGUAUGUAUAUCUAUGUCUGACCGUACACCUUGGAAAUUACCUUCACGCGACGCAUUUAAUAUCCAAACUAUUCACGAACUAAAUGAAAACAUAUACAAGGCAUUUAGCAGCAAUCGUUAUACAUACAUGAAUACGAAUAUAGACAGUAACUGAUGAAAACAACAAGAUAUCGUUCAAGUCGAAUGAGAAACUUGGAUGAUUUAGCGAGCUAGCUGCCCUUAGUAGUUAUAAAGGUACAGUUGAGACCAGAUCCCGCAACGAUACCUUAUCAUACCAUACCUUACCAUACUGUACGAUAUUUCCCAAUCGAACUAAAUUUUUUUUUAUUAUUUAUAUUAAAUAUAUUUUUAAUUUCGUGCACCAUAUAGGCGAUAAGCAUCUAGAUGCAUUUUUAUUUAAUAAAAAUGUUAUUUUAGGCACUGCCAAACUACUUUAUUUUGUACGUGUGAAACUAAAUACGGAAAAUAGGCAUUUUAAGCAGGGCCUAGAAAUGAUCUGGAAACUUGAGGCCAGUGCUUUAAGGUUACAGUGCGUGUAAACUAAAGCCCCAUACUUGCCCCUAGAAAAAGGGUUAUUUGGUUAUUUGACUUAGGGAGCACUAAAUACAUAGAAAAAUCGACAGAGUUAAAUUACCCAACCCAUACUUGGUUUAAGCAAAAGUAUUACAUAUACAAUAAGUUACCUUACGUUUUUUAUCGUGCUCGUUUUUUUGUCUCUAGAUUUAUUUACAGAAUAAUUAUUUGUAGAAUUAUCUAUACACUUUGGACAAGCGCAACAUAAGUGAACAAAAUAUCUCGGAAAUGCAAAAUACUUUACAGACAAUUGCAAAACUUACAAAAACAAAAAAAAAAAAAACAUCAAAAAUAAGUUGCGAUGAAUUUGUUCAAAUUAGCUCAAAAUCAAAACAAUUAUAAUUAUAAAUUGUAAUCUAACUGUAAUUGAUAGAAGGGUUCUUAUAUAUACGUUUUUUUAUAAUUUGCAUAAUUUACCUAAUAUAUAAAAUAUUGAAAUAAAAUAUAAAUAAAAAGAAUCCAACGAA